AUGGAAAACUGCGAUGACCGAGAUGAGCCGGUCGAUGAUGUGACCGCAACGAACCUGUUGCUGAAUUCCCUGCGAGCGGGAAACUUGUAUCAAGAUCUUAUCCUCCGGCCGCCGCUCGGUUACGAGGACGCCGUGCGUAGAGUGGUCGACCACGCCACCGCCACGGAGGCGAACUCGGCCAAGAAGAUGAUGGAGACAGGGGGACCGAGGAGAGACCAAGGCCAGAGAGACCGCCACCCGAAUAACCAACAGCAAAAAGAUCGCGAUGGAAACCCGAUCUACACCCCGUUAACGAGACCGGUAGCGGAAGUCCUGCAAUACGCCCAGGGAUGCCAUAUGAUCCAGUUGCCUGCUCCAUCCAAGGACGACCCGGACAAGGAUAAGUACUGCGCGUACCACCGCAACCGAGGGCAUGACACCGAGGAAUUCCAUGUUCUGAAAGGUUUGAUAGAGGACUUACUGCAGACCGGUGAGCUGGCCCAGUUUGCCGAGAAGAAGGAAAAAGGCCGGCGAGGAUGGAAAAAUUACUUCAAAAAGGACAAGGAUAAAAAGGAUAAGGACACCUACCAGGACAGAGAGCCUACCCCGGCCGGUCCAAAGCAGGUUAUACAUGUCAUCUUUAGAGGACCGGAAGGUGGUGACACCGCGGGAGAGAGCCGCAAUUGGGCCCGGGACCUACACGUUGGCCUAGUCGAAGAACCCAACCCCGAGAAAAAGCCGAAGCUGGAGCCCAUUGUGUUCACUGAUCGGGAUAUGCCGUACGCUGCCGAUUGCGCGACUGAAGCUUUGGUCGUAACCAUCGACAUCAACGGAGUAGACGUUCAGAGGGUCAUGGUGGACACCGGGUUAAGCGUGAACGUUAUGUACUUGGACGUCUCCCAGAAGCUCCAGUUAGAUCGGUCCGAGCUGACCGCUGUUAGGACCCCGCUUUUCGGCUUCACGGGGGCCAUGAUCCACCCCGAAGGAGUCGUGCGCCUACCCGUGGAGGUCGGGACUGUUCCGAAGGUACUCCGAGUGAUGAUGGAGUUUGUCGUCGUCGACUUGGCGUGUGUCCAUAACGUUAUAUUGGGAAGGCAGGGAUUUCUCAGCUCGGAGCAAUCAUUUCGAUGCCACACCUUUGUAUGA